UUGUUGUUGAAGUUGAGUCCACGCUACUGACUUACACGCCGUGAGCUGCUGUGAAUUGUGAUCAUACGACAACCUUUUUCAAUGACCGGUUGAAUAAAGAAUUUUCAUACAAUGAUGGAUUAUUUUGUGACUAAUAACUCAUUGGCACCAGCACCUAUGGGCAUACAGAGUACCGCGGGUGCAGUGCCAGUUAAAAAUGACAAAGGCGAAUUGUCGAUGAAAAAGGUUAAGGUCCAUCGUUAUGUGUCUGGUAAACGUCCCGAUUAUGCGCCAAUGGCGAGUUCGGAUGAAGAGUCCGAGGAUGAAGAUUUCAUGGAUAAACGAACACUCAAACCUCUCGAGGAAUCGGAGACUGUAACUGAUAUCCCUGUUCAGUCACAUGGUAAGCUGAGGGACGAGGAUGAUCCUAGGCUGCGGCGUUUAACUAGAGUCGAGAAGCACAAGGAGGUCGAUACAGAAAUUCGUGUUGAAAGGCAUCGGCACAUCCACGAACCUGAGGUAUUGGAAACUGAGCCUGAGCGAACGCGCGAAAGGAUAAAAUUGGAGAGCUCAGAUUCCUCGGAGGAUGAAGAUUUGUCCGAUUCUGAAAUUGAAAGACGUCGAGACGCGUUGAAGCAGCGAGUUUUAUCCAAAAAAGAAGCUGACCAGGAGUUGUUUCACGAAGAAGAUGAGGAGAAGCUCCGAAGCAACAGCUCCGAAGACAGCUCAGAGUACGAAGAAUAUACCGAUUCUGAGGAAGAAACUGGGCCUAGAUUAAAACCUGUUUUCGUCAGGAAAAAAGAUAGGAUUACUGUUAUGGAGAAAGAGAAGGAAGCUAUGAAACAAAAGCAGGCUGAAAUAGAUGCCAAGAAAAUGGCAGAGGAAAGAAAGAGGCAGACAUUGCGGAUGGUAGAAGAUGCUAUACGAAAAGAAACCCAAACUGGCAAGACUAUGGUAGAUCAGGAAGGAAACAUUAACGAUGUUUGCACCGAAGAUGAGAACGACGAAGUUGAAUAUGAGGCAUGGAAGCUACGCGAGUUGAAGAGAGUAAAACGAGACAGAGAGGAACGAGAACAAUUGGAAAAGGAACGGUUGGAGAUAGAGCGACUUCGCAAUAUGACAGAAGAAGAGCGUCGUCAGGAACUGCGCCUGAACCCAAAAUUGGUAACAAACAAAGCAGCAAAAGGAAAGUACAAGUUUUUGCAGAAGUAUUAUCAUCGCGGUGCAUUCUAUUUGGACAAAGAUGAUACAAUUUUCAAACGAGAUUUCUCUGGUGCAACGUUGGAAGAUCAUUUUGACAAAACUAUAUUGCCGAAAGUAAUGCAAGUGAAAAACUUUGGGCGUAGCGGAAGAACCAAGUACACACAUUUGGUAGAUCAAGACACGACGCAGUUUGAUUCACCAUGGAUUUCUGAGACUGCUCAAAACUUGAAAUUCCACAAUAAUCAAGCUGCUGGAAUGAAGCAAGUUUUUGAUAAACCAUCGCUAAAAAAACGAGAGAAUGAAAAUUGAUGUCGUACAGGAUGAAUUGUGUCUUGAAAAUUUUGGGAAAUGAGACGAGGAACAUGUGCAAAUGUUCAGUCUCACUUUACCUGUUGCAGACAACUUCGUUUGAGUCUGAAAUUGAGGAACCCAUUACAGAAAGGAAGAAAUGACUUAUUCAUAACUCGGGUUAUUUUUGUAUAACUGAUAUCAAUUUUACUCCUCAAUUCAUUCAAUAUAAAAAUUUGACAAUAA